GACCCCAUUAUUUCCUCGUCUUAGUUCGCAGUGAAUAGAACGCCGUUUCCAUUUCGUCCGAAACCAUGGCAGAUACAGCAACCACAACCCCAGCCAAGAAGAAGGUUACAAAGCCUAAGGUGCCAGCAGCGCACCCCAAGUACGUUGACAUGAUCAGGGCCGCCCUGGAAUCUUUGAAAGAGCGUGGCGGAUCUUCCAGACAAGCCAUUCUAAAGUACAUAAUGGCCAACUACAAAGUCGGCAACGACGUCAACUCCAUCAACGCCCACUUGAAAAUGGCUCUGAAGAACGGAGUGAAGAAAGGUGCUCUGAAACAAGCCAAGGGCACAGGCGCCAGUGGCUCCUUCAAGCUUGGUGACAAGCCCAAGACUGAGAAGAAGCCAAAGGCCAAGAAAGUUGCCAAGCCUAAGGCAGCAAAACCCAAGAAGGCCGCAGCAGCAAAACCAAAGAAGGUAGCCGGAGAGAAAAAGACUGCAGAGAAGAAGAAGAAGUCCCCCAAGAAAGCAGCCGGACCGAAGAAGGUUAAGACUCCAAAGAAGAAGGCAGCAACUAAAUCCCCAAAGAAGGCAGCAGCCAAGCCAAAGAAGGUCAAGACACCUAAGAAGUCAGCUGCAAAGAAAGCCAAGACUCCCAAGAAGGCAGCAGCAAAGAAAUAAGCAAUUCCAGCAUCACUGCAGAUUGCUCACUUUAAAAAAAAAAAAAGCCCUUUUCAGGGCUACCCAUAUUUUUCGAAAAGAUGUCUCAAUUACAAAUAACAAAGAAACGUACAUGUGUGUGUGUGUGUGUC